AUGGCUCCUAGACCCAUCCUCGAAAUCAGCCUAGGCUUGGCAAGAGAUGUGCUUAAUCUCCACAAUCGCUAUGAAGAUCUCAAGCCUUCCUUCAAAGCUUCUGAAUUUUGCAAGGCUACUCAUGAAGCCAACCUGAUUGACUACCAAAAACAGAAGGCAGAAUUGGAUAUGAUGGUUGUUGAUUACAAGGAAACCAAGACUGCUGCUGAUAAAUUGGAAAAACAUAUUGAAGAACUUCAGAAGCAGCUAGCUAGCUUGAGGGGCAAGCAAAACAGACUUGGGGCUGGACUGGGCAGUAAGACUAAGACGACCUUCCUCAUGCAGAAUAUGGUGUCAGCUUCUAGGCCUGCCCUGGAGAUUGAAGAAGCCUCCAUUCAUCAGGGAAUGCUUCUCCAAAAACAGAUCUCCACCAAGAAGACUGGAUUACAAGAGACUCUAAAGAAACUAGGAUUUUGA